UCGGACUCAUAGAGGGGUCGCAAUCCUAUUCCUACACGAAUUCUUCUUCUACGUUGCCGUUCAUAUAAGCCGACGCGGCGUCUUCUCUCUCCUCGUCUCCCUUCUCCUCCCUCUCCCGCAAAAGAGUGAUCCCUGCUCCAGUCACCGAUGGCCGCGAUCGCACCUCCUUCCCCCUCGCCGUCUCCCGUGGCGGAUGCCGGGAGAUCGGACGGCCGGAGCGAGCCGAGCGGCAAUGCGGGGGGCGCCCCCGCGUGGAACAAGCCGGCCGGCGGGCGCGGGCCCGGCGGAGAGGCCGAGAGCAGCCUUCUCGGGUCGGGCGCUUGGCCCGCCCUCUCGGAUUCCGCUAGGGCUUCCUCUUCUUCCCCGUCGAAGUCGUCGCCGGAGUCCCCGGCCGAGGACUUAGCUGAUGGGUUGUCGGAGCUGUCCGUAUCGAAGGGAACUGAAAGCAAUAUAGUCGAGACUCCAAACCACAUAGCACCCGCACGCCAAAGAUCAAUGAGGCGUAAUGGCAUGUCGCCAGGCCCAUUUGACUCUCGACAAACCAACCCAGCUUCUAGGAAUGGUCGACAAACUAACCCAGCUUCUAGGAAUGCGCAUCAGCAGCCGCGGAGCUCUUCUUUCAGAAACCGUAGCGGUGGGCAACAUAUUCGUGCUACUGAUUUUCACCAACACCGAGGAAAUCAAGAGUGGCAUUCCCCUCAAGUUGGAGGAUUUGAUCCGAGGUUUAUGAGGCCGAUGCCACCAUUCCCUCUCCCUAUCCCUUUUCCUCAUCCUUAUCAUCCACUCCCACCACAACAGGCAUUUUCAUUGGGUAACCCCUUAGUCUAUCCUGAGAUGGCACCUCGUUUUUUCCCAACUCUAUCUCCGGAUAUACAAGCCGGCGGACCCAUUCCAGUGCUGCCCUAUUCUCCAUUGCAUUUUGAGAUAUUGCGGCAGAUUGAGUAUUAUUUCAGUAAGGAUAAUCUAAUAAAAGAUCUCCACUUUCGGAAGGAAUGGAAUGGUCAGGGCUGGGUCCACAUUUCAAUAAUAGCCGCAUUUAAAAAGGUUUCAAGUAUGACAAGGGAUAUUAAUCUUAUUUUGGAUGCCAUACGAACUUCAACCAUGUUGGAAAUACAGGGUGAAAUGGUAAGGAAGCGAGAUGACUGGGAGAGAUGGCUUGUUCCUAAGGACUUCAAGUUCUCCAGCGAUAGAAGCGCUCCAAACCAGUAGAUACACUGGGCAUUGACAAAAUCAUCUCUCAAUGAUUUGGGCACUGACCAUUACUGUGUUUGUAACAUGCCAAUAUCUUUCCUUGAUA